GAGAUCGGAUUCAUGCUGUCUGCACAGGCAUAGUUGUCAAAAACGAUAUAUGUGGUACACUUGUCCUAACUUCAGCAACUCUGGUUAGAUCUUGGGAUAUUGAUAAUGGGCGCAAGAUUAUGCUGGGCUUGAUGAUUGAAGUGGGCCUUCCAAAUAACCGAAUUGCCAAGGGGAUGUUGGUGCACUGGGACUUAAAUUACAAUGUUGCUGUUGUCAACAUCAGUCAUUACCCUGGUUUUCGAGCUGCACAUUUGGAUCAGCCCAUACCUUUUGGGUGUAAGGUAGUAGUAGCUUUAGGGCGUUGCUUCAAGACAGGCAAAUUGAAGGCCUUGUAUGGGACAGUGAAUGAUGAGCCCAGUGGAGUGAAUGAUGAGCUCUGUGGAGAUUUACACAAACACCUUAUGAUCUCCACGUGUAAAAUCAAUAUGAUAAUGACUGGAGGGCCCCUUGUUGAUUUGGAUGGCAACUUUGUUGGCAUAAACUUUUAUUCUAAGAAGAUGAAUCCAUUCCUACCAAUGGACAAAAUUUACAAGUGCUUGGUCCAUGCUGGGAUACUCUGGGCUGAAAUCAAUAAUGGAGGUAAUAGCACAAUUGAAAGAAGCCCAUGUGAGAUACAGGAAAUUCUUAUGCGCAAUGUAGAAGGUAGCUCAAGUGGGGAGAGGGACAAGAAUCAGGAGCUUUCCAUAUCCUCAAGUGGUGGGGAGAGGGACAAGAAUCAGGAGCUUUCCAUGUCCUCUACAAGUUAUUCAGAAGGUGAGUCAAGCUGGGCUAUUUAA